UCUUAAUAGAGAUGUCGCUUACUGAGUGACGUCACCAGCUGUGGUCAUCAGGACCAGAGGCGAGACAUGACCACUGUAUUGGGCCCUGAUUGACAGGCGACAGGUUAUAGCCGGUAAAAUCAAUGACUGAUUGAGGUCUAUUUAAGGUAAACCUUUUCGGAUCCAGAACUGUUUCUUUCUUCUAACGGACCAAGUGGAUAACCAUGGAUUGCCGUCUGAUUAUCUUGGCGUGUGUCGUCUGUGUCUGUUACGGUCAAUUCUGGGGAUCAGACGAUAGGUUCGAUGAUAGAUUUGAAAACAGAUUCUACAAUCCUUAUGCAUGGAGCGAUGAUUUGUACGACGAUAGAAUUGGUUUUGGAAUGCACAGAUUUCAACAACCAACUUGGAGGCAGGCAAGGCCAACCUGGGGCCUAAGACAAUCCACUCGCUUUACAAGGCAGCGCCGUCUUCCUCAGAGGCAUUUUUACCAGCCGUCCUUCGGUCAUGGCUUUAUGUACAAUGAUGACUUUGGAUUUGAUUGGUAAAGUCGGGGUAACGUCCUAAGUCCUGUACUGCCUCAUAAUGUAUUCAAUGA